AUGACAUUGGGCAAGAGUUUCAUCAGUGGGGUCUCCAGCCCUGUCGAGCGAGGUCUAAGGAGCUGUAUACUCCACGAUCCCUCAUUGAGUCUCAUUGCGUCUGAAAAGGUUCUUUACCGACGACGCGAUCCUCAAGAUGACAAGGUUGUGCUUCUCUCUGGAGGAGGCUCUGGUCACGAACCAGCUCAUGCGGGAUACCUCGGCGAGGGUGCCCUAGAUGUUGUCAUUGCUGGCGAAAUCUUUGCUUCUCCUUCUGCUUCGCAGAUCUUGACUGGUCUUCAGACUGUAAAGUCAUCCAAGGGAUCCCUCUUGAUCGUCAAAAACUACACGGGCGAUAAACUCAACUUUGGAUUGGCGGCUGAAAAGGCAAAGGCAGAGGGUCAAAAAGUGGAAAUGGUGAUUGUAGGAGAUGACGUCUCUGUUGAGGGUAACACUCUCGUCGGUCAGCGUGGUCUCGCAGGGACAGUCUUUUGCCACAAGAUUGCUGGAGCCAAAGCAGCCAAGGGAGCCUCCCUCGAAGACGUCGUCGCAGUCGCUAAAAAGGCCGCCUCGCAAAUGGCCACCGUCGCCGCGAGUCUCGACAGGUGCAACGUCCCCGGCCGAGCCAACCAAGAAUCCCUCCCCGUCGACCAACUCGAAUUUGGAAUGGGCAUUCACAACGAGCCCGGUGUCAAGCGCGAAAAGAUUCCCAGUCUCGAGACGACGGUUCAAAAGGCUCUCGACAUCAUGUUUACCCAAAAGGCCAACAUGUGGCAGCCCAAGACGGGUCAGCGUGUGGCUCUCAUGGUCAAUAACCUCGGUGGGCUCAGUGUUCUUGAGCUGGGUAUCAUUGCGGAUGAGGUUGUUUCGCAGCUUGGUUCGCGGGAUAUCAAGAUUGCUAGGAGUUUGGUUGGAACGUUUGUGACUUCGCUCGAUGGACCUGGCUUCUCGGUGACGCUUCUAGAGCUUGAUGAGGAGUUGGAGGAACUUCUUGAUGCUCCUACUACUGCGCCUGCUUGGCCUCGUUCGAUCCACGGAUGGGCGACAGAUGCCGAGUCUGUGUCGAAGAGGGAAACAAAGGUUGCAGCGGCCAAGCCGAAUGGACGGGAGACUGGAGUCAAGGUUCCUACAACGCUCGUCAAGUCCAUCAUCGACUCGGUAGCAAAGACGACAGCACAAGACGAGCCCAAGAUCACCGAGUACGACACGCUUGCUGGCGACGGAGACUGUGGAGAAACUCUCCUCAACGGUGUAAACGGUCUUGUCAAAGAGUUUCAGAAAGACGACGCCGAAUCCCUCGACAUUGGACAAAUCUUCCGACGGACAGCUACUACCGCAGAGAGGAGCAUGGGUGGUACAUCAGGUGCCAUUUACGCAAUUUUCCUCAACGCCGUUGCAAACAGACUCUCGGAGCUUGCGACAGCUUCAAAGUCGCCUGCAGUGUCGGAGCUGAUCAAGAAGUCUCUCCAAGGUGGUCUCGAGGAACUCUGCAGAUACACUCCCGCCCGUGUUGGACACCGCACCCUCAUGGAUGCUCUCAUCCCCUUUGUCAAUACCUACGCCGACAAAGGUUCCCUCGAGGGUGCCAUUGCCGAGGCACGCAAGGGAGCAGAAGUCACGCGAAAGAUGGCGGCAGCCCUUGGAAGGGCGAGCUACGUCGGACAGGAUCGGUUUGAUGAAGAGGGCGGUAUUCCUGACCCUGGUGCGCUUGGAGUCGUGAGCAUUCUUCGAGGUGUUGAAGAGGUGUUGAAGCAGUAG